GGUGGAGUGACUUCCAUGGAUGAUUUCUUGGAGGAAUUUUUCCCAAAGAUAUAUAAAAGGAAGCAAGCACAUCUCCAUGAAACUGACUACUGCAAAUACUACAACCAGCUCCUCACGCCCUUCACGUCUUCGCUGUACUUCGCCGGCCUUGUCUCGACGUUCGGAGCCUCCUAUGUAACGAGGAAGAAAGGACGUCGAACUAGCAUUCUCGUCGGUGCAGUCAGCAUCUUCCUAGGAGGAGUUAUCAAUGCAGCUGCAGUCAAUAUAGGAAUGUUGAUCUAUUGGCCGGAUUCUUCUCGGCGCCAGCAUUGGAUUUGGAAAUCAAGCAGUUCCAUUGUACCUUUCCGAGAUGGCUCCGGCCAAGCAUUGAGGAGCCGUGAACCAGCUUUUCCAAUUCACAACCUGCAUGGGAAUCCUUAUAGCAAACUUGAUUAACUACAAAACAGACAAGAUCCAUCCUUGGGGUUGGAGAUUAUCUCUCGGUUUAACUACAGUCCCGGCUACCCUGAUGUUCGUUGGCGGGCUGGCAUUACCAGAGACCCCUAACAGUCUUGCCGAACAAGGAAAGCUCGAAGAGCAUUAUCACUGGCAUGAACUCGAU